CGAGCGAGGCCGACCGCGACCCCAGCACCGCCCAUCCAACUCCGCAGCGCAACCCGCCGACGCUGCGCGCGCGCAUCUCAACCGCCAACAUGGGCAAGCUCGUGCGGCUCGAACUCUACAACUUCAAGACAUAUCGCGGAAAACACAUCCUCCCCUUUGGCGACUCGUACUUCACCUCCAUCAUCGGCCCCAAUGGCUCCGGCAAGUCGAACAGCAUGGACGCCAUCUCCUUCGUCCUCGGCAUCAAAUCCGCCUCCCUGCGAUCAAGGGAGCUGCGCGAGCUCGUCUACCGCGGGCGCAUUAUCCAGACCAGCAAAACGGCAGUCGACGAGGCGAAUGGCGACGCGGAUGGCGCACAAAACGGCCACGCGGACGGCGAGACUCAGGAGGACGGCGACACGCAGAAGGCCGCUGACCCGAAGACGGCCUGGGUUGAGGCCGUGUUUGAGGACGACACCGAGCAGCUGCAUCGCUGGCGGCGCACCAUCACCACCGCUGGCCAGAGCGAAUACCGCAUCAACGGCCGUGUGGUGACGGCCAAGGCCUACAACGAAGCUCUAGAGGAACACAGCAUUCUGGUCAAAGCGCGCGCUUUCCUCAUCCCCCAAGGCGAGGUUGAGGAGGUCGCCAAGAAGCCUCCGCGAGAUAUCACCCAUAUGAUUGAGCAGAUUUCUGGAAGCUUGGAUUACAAAGCCGACUACGAGAGGUUGAAGACCGAAUCCGACGCCGCCCAGGAGAACAACUCGCAGUUCCUCGUCUCAAAGCGGCAAAUCAAUGCCGAAAUCAAGACCUACUCGGAUCAGAAGGCCGAAGCCGAAGAGUACGAGAGAAAGGUUGCAGAGCGCGAUGAGGCCACUGUUACACACAUCAUGUGGAAGCUGUACUACUACCAGCAGGCCAUGCAAAAGGCCCGUGACAAGAUUGCAAGCCAUCAAGAAGAGCUCAAGGAGCACAAGCGCGGUGUCGAAAAGUACCAGCAGAAGCUCCAGGAAGCGACGCAGGCGGAGGCCAAGGUCAAGCGAGAAAUCACCAAAACCAACAACAGCAUCAACGCCAAGCACAAAGAGACCGAGCAGACCCAGAACAACCUUGUCCCGAUCGAGGAGAAGAUCAGACUGACUACGCAAGAUAUGCGCAAGCUCCAGGACAGGAUUGCCUCGCUGACCGAUGAGCGGGACAAGCAGAUCCGGGAUGUGGCCGACUUUGACAAGAGGCUAGCCGAAGUCCAGAAGGCCCAAGAUAAAUGGGAUGCUGAGUUCAAAGCCGCUGCACAGCAGCAGGGUCGCGAGCUCUCUCAACAGGAUCUGGAGGAAUACAACCGGCUGCGGCAGAAUGUCGCCAAACAAUCCCAUGCCAACCAAAUCGAGAUCGACCGCCUCAAGCGUGAGGUUGGCACGGAGAAGGAACACGCUCGGAACCUAGAGCAAAAGGUUAAGAGCUUCGAGGCCACAGUAGAGAGGCUCAACGAAGAGAUCACUCGGCUCCAGGAGACUCAGCGAGACCGCAAGACACGCUUGAAGGAGUUGCAGAAGACGAGGACGUCGAAGAACCAGGACCUGAACAAGCUGAGGUCUGACCGCACCCGUCUGCAAUCUCAAUAUACGGAGCUCAACCAGCUGCUGCAGGAACACGGCAACAAACUCUAUACCGCCCAAAUGGGUCGCCGUGAGAGCAGACAGCAGGAACAGGCCCGCGAGUUGGUAUCCCAAUUGAAGCGCAUUUUUGGAUCUAGCAUAUACGGGCGGUACAAGGAUCUGAUCAAGCCGAAGCAGAGGAAAUACAACAUGGCUGUCGGCAGACUACUCGGAUGGUACAUGGACGCUGUCAUUGUUGACACCGACAAGACGGCGAAGGAUUGCAUCCAGUACCUAAAAGAGCAGAAGAUCUGCCAAAUGAGCUUCAUACCCCUGGAUACCGCCACGAUCAAAGGCAUCAAUCAGAACCUCAAGGGCGCUCAUGAAGGCAUGCGCCUUGGUAUUGACUGCAUCGAUUAUCCCUCGCAUCUUGAACGAGCUAUUGCCUCCGCUUGCGGCGACAGUAUCAUCUGCGACAAUCUGAAGGUUGCGCGGUAUCUCUGCUUCGAAAAGAGGCUUGGAGUCAAGGCUGUCACGCUCGACGGCAGUGUCAUCUCAAAGGGUAACAACAUGACUGGCGGUCGCCUCCAACAAGACGAUAAAGAGGAGAAUCAGCGUUGGAGUGAUCAGGAGAUUGAUACUCUCACGCAGAAGGUUGAAGGCUAUAGGUCACAACUCGCUGCCCUUCCAAAGCUCGAUCAGAGGCACACAGAGGAAGACAACCUGCAGGUCGAGCUGAACGACCUAGACAAUCAGAUCAGCCGCAUUCAAGACGAACUCAGGACUCUUGACCGCAACCUAGACAGCCAGAAAAAGGAACUUCGGCAUGACGAAGGCAUCUUACGUCAGGAACAUCCCAAGUACGAGGAUGCGUUGCAGCGUCUGCGCAACAAAGAGGAGGAGCUCAAGGGCUACCAAGAUUCUGUGGAUCGGGUCACCGACCAGGUUUUCGCAGCGUUCUGCCAGCGGCUAGGCUAUGCCUCUAUCCGCGACUAUGAAGCGCAACAGGGUACGGCACAGCAGGCGGCGGCCGAGAAGAAGCUCGAAUUCAGCAAACAGCGCAGCACACUCCAGAAUAUGAGGAGCCAUGUUCAGUCACGGCUCGAUGCUGUCAAUGACCGUCUCAAGAGCACGGAGGCAAAGCUUCAGCGCGACAAGGCUGCUCUGGAAGAAAAUGAGGCGAAGCGAGACGAGUUGCAGAACUCUAUCGACGUUCUCCAAGCCGAGCUUGAGACUCUCCAGGAGAAACUCAUGGAGCUGGAAGAGAAGAAGACCGAGCGUGUUACUGUCGUCAAAGAGCAACGUCGUAAGCUAGAUCAACGCAACGAGAAGGUCAAGAAGGUGCUGAAGGAGGUCGAAGACCAAGAACAAGCUAUUAAGAGCAAGGGCGGAGAACGCUACAACCUGCUCAAGAAAUGCCGGCUCGACGAGAUCAAGCUACCCCUGACACCAGACUCUGCGCCGCUAUCCUCGCUGCCUAUGAGCGAUGCGGCUCGUCAAGAUGCCGACGCCAUGGAUAUCGAUGAAGAGCCCGAUACUACACACAUCGAACAGCCAGAGGUUGAAGACUACGGCAUUGAGGUAGAUUUUGACGAGCUAGAUGAGGACCUCAGGGUGGAGCUUGACGAUAUCCUCGAACAGGAGGACAGCGAAGACGACAAAGUCCGCACCCAAGCAACCACCGCCCAGAAAGACGCCGAAAGCAAGCUCACAGACGCCAUCGCUGCCCUCGACGCCGAAAUCAGCAAAUCAACCCCCAACAUGCGCGCUAGCGACCGUCUCGACAGGGCCAGAGAGAAGCUCCGCGACGCAGAAACCGAGUUCACCCAAGCCCGCAACCGCGCCAUCGCCGCCAAGACGGCCUUUGAAAAGGUGAAGCAAAAGCGUCUCGACCUCUUCAUGAAAGCCUACGACCACAUCCACGACAAUAUUCUCCCCGUCUACCAGAAGCUCACAAGAUCACAGCAGUUCCCGCUCGGCGGAACCGCGUAUCUGGACCUAGAGAACAGCGACGAGCCGUACCUGGAGGGCGUCAAGUACCACGCCAUGCCCCCGCUCAAGCGCUUCCGCGACAUGGAGCAUCUAUCCGGUGGCGAGAAAACCAUCGCUGCCCUCGCCCUCAUCUUCGCCAUCCACUCGUACCAGCCUAGUCCGUUCUUCGUUCUCGACGAGGUGGAUGCCGCGCUGGAUAAUGUCAACGUGGCGAGGGUUGCAGACUAUAUCACUAAGAACGCGGGACCGGGGACCCAAUUCAUCGUUAUUACGCAUAAGGCGGGACUGUAUCAGGAGAGCGAGACGCUCGUCGGGAUCAUGCGGGAUCAGAGCAAGAUGACGAGUAAGGCGAUUAGUCUGGAUCUGAGAGGGUAUCAGCCUGUCGCGCAGGCGGCAUGAGGAAGCAGAUGGACGCUUUGCAACGUAGUGCGUCGUUUCUUCCUUGGUGGGGCUUUUCCCAUGCGUGGUUCUACUCCACAGGGAUAUGCUUCGGUACAUAGUGAUGGUGAUGAUUUCAGCACAGUUUUCGCUUCUUCCCUUCUUCUGCACCCUUUCUCUUUUCUUCUCGGAUGAUGAGGUUCGUGGUCACGAGCGCUAGGAGCGUAGCCCCGAAAACUAAGAUUCCUAUCCUUCGAGCUACUAUGUUCCUUACCUCUCGAUGUCCCCUGUCCACUUCACCUUGCUGUGCAUAGGUCCUUACGUGCGAUAUUGCCAUUGCCCCUUGCGCACCGCUUACACGGCGGGGAGUCCUAUAAGCCAGCCACAGCCACGCAGCGAUACGCUCCUACUGUGUCCCCCAGGUAACCAUCGCACUC